AUGGUUCACAAAGAUUUUUGGGAAGCCGAACGUAUUCUGGAUGAAAAGAAGGAAAACGGUGAAUCACUUGUUUUAAUCAAAUGGUUGGGCGUGGACUCGAAUGGUAAUCCUUGGCAACCAACUUGGGAACCCGAAAAAAAUUGUACUGAAGCCCUAAUUAGGGAAUGGAAUUUGACGAAGGGCGAACGAAAAGUUAAUAAUAAAACUCGAUCUUUCGGACGAAGGUUAUCGGUCUCUUCAUGCAACAUAUUAUCCGAAAGCGGAGUUGUCGGAGAUAGCGGAGAUGUCGCAGAGGAUCAUUAUUCUAGCGAGACAUCCACCAUCAUGGGUGAUGAUGAAGAGGAUGAGUCGCAAAACGGCGCCGAAGAGAUUCCGAAAGAAAAUUCGAACAUCACGGCUUCCAGCAUUUUUUCUGCCGUUGCUGGUCUUAUCGGAAUUCCGACCUCGCAAAAGCGACCUCAAAGUGAAUCUAGAAUUGAACAUGUUAAUGAUGCCAAAAAGAUUUGCACAAGAGAGCCGGUCGACAGCGGAGACAGUAAGGACGUCCCUGAAAGUGUCGGGGCUCAUGUUUUUCAACAAUCUCCACACACCGAAACCCCGACUGAAGUACAUUCUUUUUCAAGAUCCAACGAUAGAGUAAUCUCGGAUAAACAGUGUGUGAAUACAACGAGGCUCUCACGCAAUAAUGGUGACGGUGUUAAUUCAAAUGAAAAUCAGGAUGUGCAAAGUUUCAUUAAUGAGAUUAAAGGCAAAAAUAAUUAUAUCGCUUGUUUGGUACAAGAAAAGGAGCAUCUCCAAAGGAAAUUAAAGCAGUACGAGAAAAACCGGAAAUAUCACCAAUCAAAAAAUCAAGCUUUAGCACAAGAGAACAUUCAAGCUCACAAGCUAUUUCAGGAAAAGCAGAAGGAGCUCACGAGGGCCUAUGCACAGUUGAGUCAUAUUCUCGAGGAAUUCGAAAGGAUUAAGGUACUAUGUAAUAAGAAAGAUGCGAAGAUGAAAGCCAUGGAAAUUGAACUAGAAGAGCAUAGGAGACAAUUUGAUGGCAAACGCAAGAAAGAUCAAAGACAAAUUGCCCUUCUUAAGAAGACCAACAGCAAUCUGACCAUGGAAAAUGAAAAGUUACUUCGGAAAACAGAAAGCCCGAAAGUCUCCAAUAGUCCGAUCUCCGACCAUGCACAACUUGGACAGAAAACUAGAUCUUCUGGUAACAUCCAAGUUCUGCGUGCCGAAAACGAAAAGUUGACAUCAAAAAUUAGCAGUCUAAAUCUCCAGAAUACUGUUCAACAGCAGGAAUUAACUGUGUUGAAAGAAAAGAUGAUGGAACAAGAAUCAAUCAUUCAAUUGCUAAUGGGCAUUCAAAAGAUCAACUAUCAGGGAGAUCUAAAAGCGGAGGACCUUAAAAAAUCUUUUGUCAAGUCUAUUAACUCGCACCUACAAAACACAUCAGCACCACCCGUCUAUGCGCGUUCUCCGGUACCACUACCACAAAUAGAAUUCAUCCCGUGGAAUGGCAUGCCACUAAAGAACUGA